ACCUGACUGACUCAACUGAAUGACCCAAAACCUGAGCCCCAAACAAAAGUAGACUAAAUUAAGCUACUUGUUAAACUUAAAUAAACCUGUGUAACUGUAGCGGUAAUUGAACCGACUGAAUGUCAGGAAACGGGUUAAUAUCGAGUAUCCGGCGGAUAAUAAGCGCGGAGGAGCGGCUGAGGACCGUCACUCCGAGUCCGUUUGAUCAUCUUCGCCAGCAGAUGGAUGAUGUGCUGGGAGACGGAGGGAUCCUGAAAGAGGUGGUUCAACCAGGAGAGGGCCCGCCUGUACCCGAAAAUGCCUCCAUAUUGAUCCAUUACUCUGGUUUCCUGGAGUAUUCUGACCGGCCUUUUGAAACCACCACAAACCUGAAGUACCCCUGCAUGAUGAAGUUAGGGAGAGAUGUGACGCUGGCCGGACUGGAGCUGGGUCUGCUGACUAUGCAGAAAGGAGAGUUCUCUCGCUUCCUCUUCCAGCCGCAGUACGCGUACGGAGACAUGGGCUGUCCUCCGCUCAUUCCUGCUGCUGCCGUCGUCCUGUACGAAGUUCAUAUCCUGGACUUCCUCGACUCGGGACAAGUGGACAACUUCGUAGCUCUGUGUCCGGAGGAGCAGAACACGGUUCCUCUGUCUACGCUUCUUGAAGUUGUCAACACGCUCCGCAGCUUUGGCAACCGUUGCUUCAACCAGAGCCGCUACGACAACGCCAAAGAUCGCUAUAAACAGGCGACGGUGCUGCUGGGAAACAGGGAGACGCUGAGCGAUGCAGAGACGGAGAGGAUCAAGACUGCGCUGCUUCCUCUCUAUCUGAACCUGUCGCUCACUGAGCUCCGUCUCGACAGCCCCAACAAAGCCCUGAAAUACGGCAACAAAGCCCUGCGGAUCGACUCUGCCAACACAAAGGCUCUUUUCCGCUGCGGACAGGCGUAUCUGGAGCUGCACGAGUACGAGAGCGCGCAGGAUUGCCUCAUAGCUGCUCAAGCAAGGAAGCCGUUUGACAGCGACAUCAACAACCUGCUGAGGAAAGUGGCGACAUGCUAUAAAGAGAGUUUGGACAAACAGAAAGACUUAUACUCCAAGAUGUUCAGAGGCAUGAGAGGAAAGUGAAGACUUUAAAAAGAUGAUGGUGUGAAGAGCAAAUUUAAAGGCUCAUUUUCUCUCCAGUUCUGCAAAUUCUGACAGUAAAACCUUUUUGUGUUUCUGUGUAUGUUACAAAAGUAAUAAUGUUGCACAAAUUUAUCAUUCAUUUCCAUUAAAAUUAAUUAGAAGUUCUUUAAAAUUCUUAAGGUGUUUGUUAAAAACGUUAACUCAACACUUGCGUUUUUCUGUUUGAAAAUAUGUUUUGCACAAUCGGCUCAAAUGACUAAAUAUUAAUCUUAUAAUGGUUAUUAUGGUUCAUGAAUACUGUGUUCGCGGGGUGUUAAAGAUUCACACGGGGUUUGAUGUCUGUUGAGGUGGAAUGAUGAAAAAACAAAAUUCAAUAAAAUCUUUUUCACAUCUAUAAUAUUUUGUU